ACUUAAAGACAGGGCAGUGUCCACAGGACAGGUGUAUACCGUCAGGAGACCAUGUCAGAGGUGGCCGCUGGCAGCGCCACUGGCGGCGAUCUGGAGCUCCACACUACGAUGCGCCUCCAGCGCCUGGGCAGCAUCGUGGUCAUCCAGCCUUCAUGGCGGGGCGAGGUGGCGGGGCCCUCACUGACCUGCGACCUGGAGACGGGCACGCUGGCGCUGGCAGAACACCCAAAGGUGGACAAAGGGUACACCGAGGUGUUUGGAGUGCUGGGAAUCGCGCGGCUGGAGGCGGGGCCAGCGCUCGUGGUCAUCACCGCGGUGGAGGAGGCUGCCAUGCUGCGGGGCCACCCACUGUACCGUGUGACCGCCGUCGAAGUGCUGGCAGACACCCGGAACGGCAAGUGGAAGUCGAGCGACCACAGGUUUCUGAAGCUGCUCAAGUCGGGGACAAACCCACAGCGGUAUGCCAGCGGCCUGUACUUCGCCUAUGGGGGCGAUCCGACGCUGAGCCAGCAGCGGUACGAGGCAGUGCAGGCAGAUCCACAUGCAGCUGGGUUGGCGCCCUGGCAGCGCGCUGCGCCCUCUUUCUUCUGGAACCGUGCGCUGUCACAGCCACUGCUGGAUGCGGGCAUGCACCGCUUCGUGCCCCCCAUCUUCCAGGGGUUUGCCGGUCAGAUAACAGGUGUCCGACUGGGAGGUGCUGCGCGCACCCACACCGCUACAAUCACCCUCCUGGCUCGCCGCUCGCUCAAGCGCGUGGGGUGUCGCCAAUGGCGGCGUGGCAGUGACUUGGAAGCUGCGGUGGCAAAUUUUGUGGAGAGCGAGCAGCUGAUUGUGGUGGAUGGUGGCGCGGUCCAGGCGGCGUUUGUGCAGGUGCGUGGCUCCAUCCCCCUGCUGUGGAGCCAGACUCCCUGCCUCAAGUACAAGAUCCCCAUCCGCAUUGCGCCGCCCUCGCGCUCCCAGCCCGUCUUUGCGGGCCACGCUCGUGACCUCAUUCAGGGCUACAAGGAGGUCGUCGGCAUCAACCUUGCCAACCAAACAGGACGCGAGGGCCGCCUGUCAAAGGCAUAUGCCGAAGCCGCGGCCGGCUUUGCUGCCACUUCCAGCGGCGGCUUCCGCCUGGAACCGUUUGACUUCCAUAAGCAGUGCGGCGCCACCAACUAUGCCCGGCUGGGCAUCCUGUGGGAGUCCAUUGCGCCCGACUUCCGUCGCUUUGGGUACUGGUUCCGUGACAAUGCGGGCACCGCCAGCCAGCAGAGCGGCGUGUUCCGCACCAACUGUAUCGACUGCCUGGACCGCACAAACGUGGUGCAGGGCAUGCUGGGCAAGAAGCAGCUGGAGCACGUGCUGCAGCGCCUGGGCCUGCUGGCUGAGUCGCAGACCUUGCCCCAGGCCUUCCCUGAGCUGGAUGGUGCUUUCCGCGUGAUGUGGGCUGACCAUGGUGACGAAGUUUCACAUCAGUAUGCAGGCACGGGCGCCAUGAAGAGCGCCUUCACACGCACUGGCAAACGAGACAUUUGGGGCUUGUUGGAAGACGGCGCCAAGUCGCUGACGCGCUACUACCUGAACAACUUUGAGGAUGGUCACAAGCAGGACGCACUGGACCUGGUGACCGGCAGCUACGCGGUGGUGCCGGGCAAGCCAUCGCCGUUCCAGCCGCAGGGGUCGCCAGCAGUGCCGCUGUUGGUGGCUGCCGCACUGGCCGUGCUGGCAUUUGUGAACCUGCAGUUGCUGGCAGGCGGCGGUGGCGGCGCUAGCGCGCUGCUGCAGGCGGCGCCUGCAACUUUGCUGCAGCAGGUUGCUGCGCCACUGUUACUGGCAGGGGCGAUGCUGUUUCUCAUGAUGAAGAAGGGGAGCCAGCUGGUGGACAAGCCGCAGCUGACCCCGGAACUGGCAGUGCCCUGGCACUAGGAUGCCAGCAGGGCGCAACAUGGAGGAGGAGCAGAAGUGCGCCCUGCGACAAUGAGAUAUGCGUGCAUGGCUUGCAGCCACGAGAUGGCUUGACUGCACACCGACCGCUAUCUCUUUGCCUUUCGAGAGAAGGUUUCAAUGCUUUUUCAAGAAGGGUACUGCCAGCCAACGCUGUGCAUCUAAGGACAAAAAAUGUGUGUGUUUUGCCGCGUUAAACAGCCUGCUGUAGGAGUGCAAUUGUUACACCAUCGAAGGUUUUGAGCUUUUUCUAUUGAGAAGGGCAAAACCAAACCUGCAGCAGACGUGCGAACAAAUGCACCAGAUGUCAUUACGUUUCAACCAAUUACCUUUCAACCAACCAACCCAAAGAAAACAAUGACCAAGCGAGAGACACAGCAACCAGCUGCAACAGCACUCACC